CAUCACCGCCCACCGGGUUUUCGGAGCUAGCAACAUUAUCAAGCUGUUGCAGGAACUUCCUGAGGCACAAAGAGCAGAUGCUGUGAACAGCAUGGUUUACGAAGCGAAUGCUCGACUAAGGGAUCCCAUCUACGGGUGCACGGGCAUGAUUUGCCAUCUACAGAGCCAAGUAAGCGAGCUGCAAGCGGAAGUAGCCAAGGCACAGGCAGAAAUAUUGAACAUGCAAUGCCAGAAUGCUAGUUUGAUUGACCUACUUUGCAAAGGGAUGGCCGGCACACAAAACGUUGAAGAGAACUUGAUAUAUGAUCACAACUCAACCAUCUUUUCUGAUGAACCCAAUGUGGGAGUUUCUUGGGAACAUCUUUGGACAUGAAGGAGCUAGCUACCUGCAAUAAUUAUUACAUGUAUAUCAUGGAGAAUUA